AUGUCAGAUCUAAAGACAUUCUUAGAAAUACAAGUCAUUACAUCUGACGCCAGAUUCUUUGAAGGAACAUUACAAGGAUAUGAUAAAUCAACCAAUAUAAUAUUAGGCAAUUGUAUAGAGAGAAUACUAUAUAGUGAAGAAGAGAAUGAAGAUAAUCAAGUGAUCCCAUUGGGUGUUUAUAUUAUGAGAGGUGGAGAAAUUGUAUGCAUUGGAGAAGUUGAUGAAGAUAAAUACAAGCUGAUAGAUUGGAUGAUGAUAAAAGCAGAACCUUUAAAAGGAACUAAGAAUCCACUAUAA